GUCGAUCAAACUCUUCUCGGCGCUCAGCGCGGCCUGCUUAUGCGCGCUAUCUUUGGCCAAAUCCUUUCCAUCAAGCUCAAGACAGACGACAAACGGACUCAUAAUGAUAUCCUCCGCAUUGUUCUGGAUCUAAAUCAGAGCAUUGAUUCCCAAAACUUGGCAAAUCCCUCGUCUUGUGGACUGGUCGUGGCCUUUUCCCCGCAGAUUUGGGGUAAAUGGACUGGGCAGGACUUUCCAAUUCAUACCGCCACACUCGAUGCCGGAGUCAAAUUUACGAAUUCCAGAGACGAUGUGCUGCUCUAUGUCAAGGCGCCAGAUCACGAAACUGCAGCAAAGCUCGUUGCCACCGUGCUGCCACGUCUCAAAUCAUUAUCCCUCACAAUUGAUGUUGUGAUAGGAGGGAAACGUCCCGAUGUGCGUAUCAUAGGUGGACGAUACCUAGAUGGCAUCACAAAUCCCAACGAUCCUAUCAGCUUGACCGAGGAUAUACUCCUCAAUCGUUCCCACGCUUACCCCGGUGCAAGCUUUGCCUUGACGCAGAAAUUCAUCUUCGAUUGGCCCAGUAUCUCCUCACAGGCCCCUGACACACAGGAUCAGAUGAUUGGUCGCAAUACAGAUGGUACCGUCCUUCCCCGGCAAGUCAUGCCCGGGCACAUUUAUCAUGCAAAUGUUCGUGACCGCAAUGGAGACGAGCGAAAGUUGCUGCGUCAAGCAUUGCCCUUCGGCGAGGUGCUUGGACAUGCUGGGCGUGAAAAGGGUCUUAUGUUUGUGGCAUUUUGCAACGACCAAGGACGAUUUGAGCAGAUUCUUAGACAUCUGCUGGGAAGAACCCCGAGCACGCCCGCAGACCCACUCAUGGACGUGGUACACGGUGUUAUGGGCGGGUACUGGUACGUUCCGGCGGCGGUUGAGCUCGGAGUAACCUCAGUUUCCGGCUCAGACGACAUUUAUGAAGAUCCACAUUGGAAUGUGCGUAGUGCUAAUGGAUACUUGUUUUACAACUCGACGGAUUAUCUGCAUCAGAUGGCGAGUGGCCUCUACAAGGGAGGCGAUCCUCCUAGUUCCCGACUCCUCAACCUGAUGUCCAGGACUUUCUCACAUUGGCGAGAUGGCUGGGUACAUCGCAAUGCAAUGCCACGUCUGCCUCACCUGAAGGAUGUGAUUGAUGCUGACUCAAAGAGUCUCUUGACUGCAUCCAUUCUACAACGAAAAGGACUCGCCAACUUCAAAACACUGGCCGAUCUUCUCUCGUCGCCAACGUCGAAUAUUGCACGCUUCAAUGGUCUGUUACGCAUUGACUCGAAGGAGCUUAUCGUUGGUGUGAUCCCCGACUUUACUCUGGGUCGAGGGAAGGAGGUUGUGCCUUAUUUGACCAGAGACGAGACAAUUGCCGCGUGGCUCAAAGGCGAACUCAAUGAGUGGUCGGCGAUGGGACAUAUUGUGCCUGAUUAUGAGCAGCUAGUCAAGAAAGGGUUGGCUAAGCUGCUCGAGGAGUUGGAAAGCCUCCUUCGUACUGCUACCGCGCAGAACAAUCUGAAUAAUGGCUCAGCAGUCGAGUUUUACAAGUCUGCUAUAUCUUCGCUCCAAGGUGUUCAGGGAUACCUCCGAAAUUGGGCAAACAUCGCCCUUGAAUCCGCUAAGGCGACUGAGGAUCCUGCCGAUGCAGAAAACAUGAAGGAUGUUUCAACCCGCCUUCUCCGUCUUGUCGAUCAGGAGCCGCAAGACUUUCAAGAUGCUGUCCAACUCAUCUUUUCGUUUCACUCAUGCCUCCAUCUGGUUGGCGAGUUGACCUCACUUGGGCGUCUUGAUCAAAUCCUCUGGCCUUUCUUGGAGCACGAUAGGGUUUCCAUGGAGCGAGCGCAAGAUAUCAUGGAUUGUCUCUGGGUAAAGAUUGGCGAAAAUGCAUUCAUCAACCGAACCUUCAUCUACGAUUAUGUGACUUACGGAACCACGGCUGUAUGUGGACUCGGUGGCAACUUUCCUCAGGGAGGCGGCAUCAAUCAAUGGGUACAACAAAUCACAGUGGGUGGCUACAAAGCUACCGAGGAUGAGGAGCCAGUGGGUGCUGCAAAUCCAGUCACCAUGCUUUGUCUGAAGUCGGCGCGACGCAUUCCUGUCAGUGCGCCAACUUUGUCUCUCAGAGUGUAUAAAGGCAUGCCAGAAGAGUUACUCGAUGAAGCAGCGAAAGCAAUUCUUGCUGGUGGUGCUCAACCAAUCUUGUACAACGACGAUAAGUUGACGGAAGCCUUGUUCCAAUCUGGAGAAAGUGUCACGCGUUCAUGGUCUCGAAAUUAUGCAGCUGAUGGCUGCUACGAACCUAUGCUUGCUGGUGCUUCCGAAUUCACGUUCAACAAUGUCGCCCCUUUGUUGGCGCUGGAGCAGACUAUUAAUCAGGGUGCAACGUACAGUCAGGCCGGACCUGAGCAGCUACGAGGACUGAAGCAGACCUUUCGUUCACCACCAGCCAUUGAGAUCAAAAACUUCGAAGAAUUGCAAUCGAUUUUCUUGAAUCAACUGGAAUGGCUGGUUAUACAAUGUUAUAACACCAUCCUUGGGGCAUACGGCAAUCUUGCAGAUAUUUGUCCCAGCCCUUUGCUGUCGAUUCUGAUUGAUGGCUGUGUGGAGCGUGGCCGUGACCUGACAAAUGGCGGAGCACGUUUCCAUAUCAUUGCACCACUUUGCGUUGGCGUAUCAAACACCAUUGACUCACUGUACGCAAUUCAGAAACUCGUCUACGAUCCAACGACAGCCAUCACCACGUUGCCUGAUCUAGUGAACUGCCUGAUCAACGACUGGGGCUUCAAUAUGAUCGAGCCAUUCCAAAACCAGCUCGAUGGCCCAGCAGAUGCAGCCGAGCAUGGUCGUCGCUACCAGGAAUUACGAGAAUCUGCUCUGAAGUUGCCAAAAUGGGGCAGUGGCGAUGCGGACCUGAACGCACUGGGAGACUGGCUUAUCGAAAACAUGGUGCGGCUAUGCGUAGAAGCCAUCCGCAAACCGUCUCCAGCUCUCGAGCCCCUGCUGUCAAACAUUGCAACUACCCACGGCCCCGAUUUCGAGUUCGUGGUUACACCGGGAAUCGGCACGUUUGAAGGCUACGUUGGCGAUGGGGCGGGGUGUGGUGCUUCAGCAGACGGCCGUCGAAACGGCGUGCCCAUUGCAUCGGACCUGUCACCUGCACCCGCUGCCCAGGACCUCCCACCAAACCCAGCAUUCCGCAACAUCUACCAAGCCAUGGAGAGCUACCAGUCUGCGAGUGUGGAAUACGGCCUCUCGAAUGCGUCGCCGGUCGACAUGAACAUCUCUGAAUCCUUCCCGCUCGGAGCUCUGCAAACUUUCAUCAAAGCAUACGCGCGCGGAGAGGUGGGAGGUAAUCUACUUACGCUCACCUGUGCAGACCUUAAGACGUAUGAGAAAGCUAGUAAGGACCCCGAGCAGUAUGAUUUGGUGCGCGUCAGGAUGGGUGGAUGGACGGAGUUCUAUGCUACGAUGUUUCCGGCUCAUCAGAAACAACAUCAACGUAGGCAGUAUUUCACGCCGGGCGGGAAGGGUGAGAGUGGUGAUCCUGACGCUGUUGGGAAGCAGGAAGCUUCUUAAGGAAGCUACUAAUGGAAGUAUGAAGUACAAGACCUCUAAGAGGAAGCGGAUUGACGUUGAAAAGGCGGCGUGAAAGGAGACUGAAUUAAGGGAGGGGAACAGGGGUCAAGGCCGUGAAAAACUGUGGGAUUUUCAUCGUACUUAUCAAAGAUGGCACGAGCACUGCCCGCUACGUGCUGUUUCUGAAAUUUGAAUUCUCUUGCGAACCUCGAGGCUGCAUCUUAAAGAACCCC